AUGGAGAUUACCGAUAACAGCCAGAUCAAAGGCUCGGGCAUGUUUCCCUCCCCAGGAUCAUCCCCCUCUCUCUCCCCUACACUCCCCUCCACAACCUCUACACCCACCGGAUCUCCUACAAACUCAACCACCACCUCCCUUUCCACCAACAACGACCACACCAAAGACCUCCUCUCGGCCAACAGCUCCUCUUCAACCGACUCCAACUCUCAUUCACGAGCCACAGAGGCACCCGCCAAAGAACGAUCCAAGAAUGGCUAUAUUGCUCGCGUGGGGUUCGAUACCCUUGGCUGCGACACCCCCGCCGAGUACGCAUUCACGCUCCAGGCCAGAACUGACGGAUGGCGUCGAACCAGGAGGAGCAGGACCUUUCUUGUCGGCACUGAUUUGAACGAGUACAGUUCCCAUGCGCUCCAAUGGGUUAUGGAAAACAUGGUCGAGGAUGGUGACGAGAUUGUUGCAUUGAGAGUGGUGCCCGUCGAAUUGAGAGAUUCCUUCGCCAAGUCCGGGAUCCCCUCGUUCCAAGGACAGGAGGUUGCAGCACGCUCAGAGGCAACAAAGAUCAUGAACAUGAUCCGGGAGAAGAACAAGUCGAAUCCGAAGCAGGUCAACAUUGUUGUCGAAUAUGUCGUCGGUGCUGUCCGCGAUACCAUCCAACACAUGAUCAAGAUGUACGAACCAUCCAUGUUGGUUGUGGGCACACGAGGACGGAGCUCCGUCAAGGGGUUCCUGCUGGGAAGUGUGUCCCGGUACCUCUUGAACCACUCCCCUGUCCCCGUGACCGUCGUCCGUCCCGCCAGCAAGCUGAUCAAAUCAAAGACCAAAGCCAAGGGCAUUUUCCGUCGACGCUCCUCGGUCGCCGGAUUCUCUGACGCUCCAGAUGAGCAGAUCCAAGCCGCACCACAACUCUUUUAUUCCAGCCCAUUGUCCAGACAGACUUCUAGGGCCUCCGUGGAUGAGGGGAGUAAGUCAAACCCUAUCGAGCUGGAACGCGUACGAUCACGGAGUCCGGAACCUGGUCAUGGACAAACUGCGGCUGCGAGGGCGUCAGCUGCGAAGAGGCCGUCCAAGGGAUCGAUCUUUGCGCCCAUCACUGCCUCGACUACUUUGACGCCACCUUCGCCAGCGGCGUCGAUCAGUUCGUCAUUGAGUUUUGCGUCGGCCAUGUUGUCGGACUCUGCAGGAAAUGGGAAUAAGAGACCGCCACCACCGCCCGAGGGGAUGCUCACAUUGAGAAAGAGCGUGACGACAGAUGGGUCUCUGUCUUCGUCGUCAUCGAGCAGCAAGAAAUCUGGACGGAGAAGUAUGGGCUUCUUGUGGGCGCCUCUUUCUUUGGGCAAAGAUAAGAAAAAUCGAUCCUCCGAGGUAUAA